ACAAACCCACACACCAACCAAACUAAUCAACCAACCAAACCAACAAACUACUUACCUCCAUACCUAUCCCUGAAAUCAACCAACUAACAAACCUACAAACUAACCACACAACAGUCCCUCUCUCCAACCCACCCACUGACAAACCAAUCAAUGACCCAACUAACCAAACAACUGACUGACUGACCAGUUUACCAACCAUUCAUUCAACCAACCAAGUUUUGCUUCAUUUGUCCUUAUACAUGUUAAAGUUGAGCAGAGUGUGUGAAUGUGUGAGUGUGUGUGAGAGAGGAGGAAAUAAAGGACAUUACAGCCUGUGGAGGAGGAGCACAUCAUUCAGUCAGUGAAGGGUUACGUGAAGCACUUUUACCAGAGAUGAGUUUUCACUUCCCUGGGAAGGUCACUGCGUCUGUGACUGCAUGAUGUGUAUGCAGUGCAGCUGCAGCUCGGCAGUCGGACACCUUUCAUCGCCUUACUGGAGCAGAGCAGUGCUGUUUCCAGACUGGGCCUAUAAACCGGCCUGGUCUCCAGGUUCCAGACAGGUGCAGCUGUGGCACUUCCUGUUGGAGCUGCUGGGGCGGGGCGAGGGAGGAGCCAUCGGCUGGGGAGGGGAGUGGGGCGAGUUUGUCAUCCGGGACCCCGAGAGGUUGGCGAGGCUGUGGGGCGAGAGGAAGGGCAAACCGCACAUGAACUACGACAAGCUGAGUCGGGCGCUCAGAUACUACUACAACAAACGCAUCCUGCACAAGACCAAAGGGAAAAGAUUCACCUACAAGUUCAACUUCAGCAAACUCAUCCUGGUCAAUUAUCCAGGAUAUCUACCGCCGCCGGGACACCAGCUGCUACAGAGCGCUCCACUUCCAUUCCCUCGCCUCCCCGCUGAGACUGGUCUUCCUCUGUGUGGAGGCUCAGUGAUGGACAGAGCGGCACCCCCUGUGCCUCACCCCUUCCUGUCCCCCUGCUGCCUCCCGAAGAUCAUCCCGUCUUCUCUGGCUCUGCACGGCCCCUUCCCCUUAAUCUCUGCCCCUGGACAUGUGGGGGUCAAUGUUAGGGAACCAGGCCUCGCAUCUCACCUCACCUCGGCCCGACACGCCGCCGUCGCUCACAGCUGGCCGCAGAAGAGCCUCGCAGGUUGGGAUCUGAACCACAGUCUGCAUCAAAGUCUGCUCGGUGCUGCCGUGAAGAGGACUGAAGAACUUCAAGGGGAGGAGAGAAGAACGGGGAGUGACCCACACUGAAGGAGAAGAACAAACUCUACAACAGAUGGACUGUGUUCUCUUUCCCUAAAUACACUCUCAUCAUCUUGUGUCCUUUGGAGCUUAGUGUAGAGUAGUUUAUUAUUCACUGCCUGUGAUUUCAUGUACACAAAAACUUUGUAUUUAUUGAGCUGGACAUUGUCGAGUGUUGUGUGUGUGUGUGUGUGUUUUUUUAAUGGAUAUAUUAGGAAACCCUGCUGUUCUUCUUUUCAUGCCACAUCGACAGAGGAAUUACACUAGUAAACAAUUAACAACAUGGCACUUGUGUUUGAGUCAAUAAAGCAGUGCACUCAACUUACAUUAUUCAGCUGUUUGUUUCGCAUUUGCCACGUACACACACACAC